UCUCACGCAUUCAUAUUCUUUUAAUCAACAAUUCUCAACCUUCAACUCAAACAAAUUACAAAAGUGAUAGCAAUGAAGAAGGGGUGUGCAACAGUUGCAUGGUCUGAGCUUCCAAAAGACUUGCUUGAAACCAUCGCCAGACGUCUCCAAACCAAAACAGACAUCACCCGUUUCCGCUCAGUGUGCAAGUCGUGGCGAUCCUCAGUCCCUCCUUACCAAAGCCCCUUCCAUUUCCCUCUUCUUCUUCCUUACUUUGGAUCCUUUGACCAGCCCAACACUUUCUUGUCCCUCACGCAAACCACACUUUUGUAUCUGCACAAAUCUCCUUCUUCUUCAUCUUCAACUUCAACUUCAACUUUAACUUCAUGGGGUUGGUUGAUUCGCCUCGGAGAAUGCCUUGAUCACGAUCAUCCUCUUCAUCAACACUACCACCUCAUAAACCCCUUCUCCCCUCUCCGAAUCCGCCCUUUGCCGCGCACUUUCCCCAGGACUCUAGACUCGUCUGCUUUUCGUGUCUGUGAAGUGGCUAAAGCCUACUCUCUGCGCUUCUCCGACCGCAAGGUUUGCGACUACAAACUGGCUUUCUACCCGAACCCCAAAUGCCCGUCUCUCUUGGUCGUUGCCUGUGGAACUUUGUGGCGCUUGAAACUCCUCGGCCAUGAUAAUAAAUGGAGGGUCGUUGAUGACGCUCUCUCUCAGCUGAACUACGACGAUGUCGUUCUCCAUCGUGGGAAAUUCUAUGCCGUUGAUGAUUGCGGGAGAAUCGUGCUUGUUGAUCCUUCUUCUUUGGUGGUCAAAGAGUUUGUGCCUCGGAUGAAAACUAGAGGAGGACACGAGAUGAGACUGGCAACGUCAAGGAAAGGCCUUCUUUUGGUGGAUAAAUGCAUAACUUGUUACAACAAGCUUGAAUUUAGACUUUAUAAGCUGGAAAUGGAGCGCAAGAGAUUGGUCGAGGUCAAAAGCUUGGAUGAUCAUAUAUUGUUCUUGGGUCAUGACUACUCUUUCUCCGUUUCCGCUAGCUACUUUGGCAGCAGAUGUAAGGGGAACUGCAUCGUUUUCGCUGAUCCGGCUUUCAGGGUGUACAGCUUAGGUGAUGGAAAGGUAUCGCCAAUAGAACAGCAUCCGGAAUACAUUGCAAUCUUUUACCCGCCCUCCGGGUGAGCAAUGCCAAUGUGUGUGGUUCUAACACCAUCUUCAAUGGGAAAAUAUUUUGUAUUCCAACUCAGAAUGCUAAUUUAAAUGCAACAUAUCUUAUUACUCAUAAAUUUUUAAGCUCCAUAAAGGGUUAAAGUUCGAAUUUCUUUUCCUUUUUUUAUUUUAUUUUAUUUAUAACUUGGUGAUCAACGUCAAUGUGUAUGGGUUCUUCUUACAAGGUCUCCACAUUCUUCGGAUGCAGUUUGUGGCUUACUAGAUGACCCUUUUAUUAGUACUUUUUCGGUUUGACUGUGAAUGCCUUGAUUGAUCUGCAAAAUGUACGGAAGUAAUUCUAGUGAUAUUAUGUGUUCACCGUUAUAAAAAUUUCUGAUAUGUUUCUAUCAUUCUGUGGAAGACUUUGCUGCAGUGAAUGAUACUGAAGUUAUAAAAAAAAGUAUCAAAGCA